GAUAUACUAAAAUGGCUGCAUGGCUCAUCAUUUCUUUUGCUCUAUAAAUUGGCUUUUAUCUGCACUUACUCUGUAUUCCAUAUCUUGAUCCAUUUAUUUCUUACUUAGCUCAAGAACUAGCAUUUGCCUAUUUCUUUUCAUUUGCUUCUCAAAAUGUCUUUGAUCACUGCCAAGCAUUUCACUCUCUUGGUCUUGCUCUGCUUUUUAGUUAUUCAAGAAUCUCAUGGAUGCACCAGCAGCAGCUCAAAAUGCAUUUUGAAAAAGGAAGUUGCUUCUAUGAGACUUCUAAACAGAAAGGUUUUUGGAAGCCAGUGGGCUGCAUUGGGAAAGGGCUAUUACAAUCACGCAGAGAAGAUUAAUGAGAAAUUUGCUGAUUGGGAGCUAAGAGGAGUUCCAGCUGGUCCUGAUCCAGUGCAUCACAAUGGUGCUAGUCCCAAGAAACCUAGGACUCCAUGAUCAUGCAGUAUUAAUUUUGUUUUAUUAGCUCUAUAUCUAAGUUUUUGGUAAAGGGUAUAGUAUGGUUUCAUGUUUAUGGUUUCUGUUGUUUUUGGCUCAACAGAGAAAAAAGAAACAAAAAAGUAAGAAUGGGCUUAGGCUAACCAAGUUGGAAUAGGAUUUCAUGUCUUACUUGACAUGUAUAUAGUUUGAUGCAAAGUUGUCCUUUUUAUUAGUAGUACUAAGAAAACUCAAGCAUGACAUA